AUGGACAUCGAGAUUUUGGAAGAAAACGAGCUCAUUGCCCGUACCAGUGAGCAGGCGCGCUUGCUUGGUGUGGAUUUUUUCUCCGUCUUUUCUCGAGGAUCUCAAUUCAAGGUGGAAUCGAUCAUGUUUCGGAUCGCCAAACCGGAGAACUUUCUGCUGGUCUCCCCAAGCAGGAAACAAGUGGGAGGCCAGAACGCAUUAGAGUGUCUGCCUCUCGUCAUGGAGCCACAGAGUGCUUUUUACAACAGUCCUCUGCUCGUCCUGGAUUUUCAGAGCCUGUAUCCUAGCGUCAUGAUUGCUUACAACUACUGCUAUUCUACCUUUCUUGGUAGGAUCACCAACUGGCGCGGUAUGAACAAGAUGGGUUUCACGGAGUACAAGCGUCACCAGCAGCUUCUCGCUUUGUUGAAGGACUACAUCAAUAUUGCUCCCAACGGCAUGAUGUACACCAAAGUCGAGAUCCGGAAGUCACUGCUGGCCAAGAUGUUGACCGAGAUCCUCGAGACAAGAGUCAUGGUCAAGAGUGGCAUGAAGCAGGACAAGGACGACAAGACAUUGCAGCAGCUACUGAAUAACAGACAGUUGGCGCUCAAGCUUCUGGCCAACGUCACGUAUGGCUACACAUCAGCAUCUUUCUCCGGCCGCAUGCCCUGUUCUGAGAUUGCCGAUAGCAUUGUCCAGACGGGUCGUGAGACACUAGAGAGGGCAAUUGCCUACAUCCACUCUGUAGAGCGGUGGGGUGCCGAGGUCGUCUACGGUGACACUGAUAGUCUUUUCGUCUACUUGAAGGGGAGAACGAAAGACCAGGCAUUCGACAUUGGCAAUGAGAUUGCCAAGGCCAUCACAGACAUGAACCCGCGUCCGAUCAAGCUCAAGUUUGAGAAGGUGUAUCACCCAUGCGUCCUCCUUGCGAAGAAGAGAUAUGUUGGAUACAAAUACGAAACUCGAGAUCAGGCGAAGCCUGAGUUUGAUGCGAAGGGCAUCGAGACCGUUAGACGUGACGGAACGCCAGCUGAGCAGAAGAUCGAAGAAAAAGCACUGAGAUUGCUCUUUGAGACGGCCGACCUCAGCCAGGUAAAGGCUUAUUUUCAGAAGCAGUGUGAGAAGAUCAUGAGGGGCCAAGUUUCGAUCCAGGACUUCUGCUUCGCAAAGGAAGUCAAGCUGGGCACGUACAGCGACAAGGGGCCACCGCCUCCCGGCGCACUUAUCAGCACCAAGCGCAUGUUGGCGGACGCCCGUGCAGAGCCCCAGUACGGCGAGCGGGUUCCAUAUGUCGUGAUAACCGGAGGGCCAAGAGCUCGACUCAUCGACCGCUGCGUUGCUCCUGAAGACCUGCUGAACAACUCGCAUGUGCAACUCGACGCCGAGUAUUACAUCUCGAAGAACCUCAUUCCGCCAUUAGAGCGUAUCUUCAACCUCGUCGGCGCAAAUGUGCGGCAGUGGUAUGACGAGAUGCCCAAGAUCCAACGCAUCCGGCGCAUCAACACGCUCGCACCCGGGGCCAAGAAGGUCACCCUCGAGAGUUAUCUCAGACCGGCGUCCUGCGCAAUCUGCGGCGUCAAACUGAAAGGCGACGGCAUGAUGUGUGGUCGUUGCCGAAAGAACCUGCCCGGCUCCAUGUUGAAGCUACACAAUAGAUUAUCGACCGAGCAGAGAAAAUUGGCCGACGUCGUCAAGGUCUGCCAGAGCUGUGCUGCUUUAGCGCCGGCGGACGAGGUCCUCUGCGAUAGCAAGGAUUGUCCGGUCUUCUACACGAGGCGGAAGCAGGCAGCGAGGUUGAGCAGCGAGAAGAGCAUCAUUGAGCCUGUCAUGAGGAAACUUUCCGAGAUGGGGCUAGCAAAGGGUGCGUUGAAAUGGUAG